AUGCCUCCCCGCCGUCGAGCUGCCGCCCAGGCAACCCUCUCCUUCGGCAACCAGUCCCGAGUCACCAAACCAUCCAGCACCCCGACCGCAAUCCACAAGGCCAAGAGCCUCGAUUCUCCCGUUGAAGUUUCUCCAGCAGGAACUCCAGAGCCUCAGCAGGUUCUUGCCGAUGCGCACCCCUCCAAGCCUCAUGUCGCCGAGCUAGCUGUUCGACAACAGGUAGUCGCGGAACUGAAGGAGCCCGUCUCCGCUGAGGAUGAGCGGGCGCUGAAAUUGACUCGGAAGGACUUGCAGUCAUACUGGAGGAAGGAGGAGCAGAAGCGGAAGGCUCCGCGGGUUCACCAGGGUGAUUUGGAUCUGGAGGAGAAGAUUCUUCGUCACUUUGAUCUGUCUAGUCAAUAUGGGCCGUGCAUUGGUAUUGCUCGAGUCAAGCGCUGGCGACGGGCGAAUAUGCUCAAGUUGGAGCCUCCUAUCGAAGUUCUGGCAGUUCUUUUGCAAGAUGGGAAUGUCAAAGAGAGGGCGCAUAUGGAUGAACUGCUCUCUUAG